GUAGAAAGCGACUUGAAUUCACAAAUAAUGCAUCAGAAGCAGCACCUAAAGUUGUACUCCUUUCGUCCCCUGAAACAUGGGAGUUUUGCUUUUUAGGAGGGAUUUAAGGGGAGUGUAUUUUGGUAUUGAAUUUCUAAAAAUAUCCUUUGACGUGAUGAGUAAAAGUAUGAUUUGAUGGAUAGAUUAUUAGUAAAAAGGUAUGAGUUCUAGAUUUGUCUUGGCUAGGGUUUCACUCUUCAGGCCGCAGCGCAAUCCUCUGCGGCAGCCAUCAUCAUGUUCGCCUCAAACUAUUGAUUCUUCUAGCAAUCUCAAGCGGCGACCACAAGUUGUGAAGGCCGUUACAACUUCCGAUUCUGCAGUGGACUUACCAUUGACUGCAGAAAAUGUCGAGAGCGUAUUGGAUGAGAUUCGGCCUUAUCUCAUCGCCGAUGGUGGAAAUGUGGCAUUGCAUGAGAUUGAUGGCAAUGUUGUGAAGUUGAAACUGCAGGGAGCAUGUGGCUCAUGCCCUAGUUCUGUAGUUACAAUGAAAAUGGGCAUUGAGCGCCGUUUGAUGGAAAAGAUACCAGAGGUGUUUGCUGUUGAAUCCAUCCCAGAUGAAGAAAGUGGCCUUGAGCUUAAUGAAGAGAAUAUAGAAAAGGUACUUGAAGAAAUAAGACCGUACCUGGUAGGGGCAGCAGGUGGAAGUUUGGAGCUGGUGGCCAUAGAAGAUCCCAUUGUAAAGCUCCGGAUCACAGGUCCUGCCGCAAGUGUUAUGACCGUUCGCGUGGCUGUAACUCAGAAGCUCCGCGAGAAAAUCCCAACAAUCGCCGGUGUUCAGCUCUUGUAGUCGUAAUAGACUCACACAUACCCUACAUUUUUCUUCCUUAGCGUAAAUGGCAAUAGAAGUGUUUAUGUGCUUAUCAGAAAACCUUUUGACUUGGCACUUGUGUCUGUACAGUUGUGCUUCAUCCGUUUAUUGUGCUGCUACAAGUCUACAACAGACAUUUACAAAUUAUCACAUCAUCUUGUAUUUGCCAUUGCAGGGGUGGGAUCGGGAUGAACCCCGAGUACCGAAAUUCCAAUCCCGAUUAGAGUAUAAAACUCUUCUCGAAUUAUGUAAGAGCUUGUUCGCUUCGUGUAAUAAAGUUGUAACUUCCAAAAAAAUAGUUGUGUAUGUU